UUCUUUUGAAUCCUUUGGACAUCUUGUCAUUAGUGAAAUCAGAAACCUAUACAAUGAUCAGGGCGGUAAUUUUAAAGCACGGGCGGUAAUUUUAUUACACACCGUCUUAAUUAUUGUUAUGUAUGGUAUAUAUUUAUACUGGGACUGGGUUUAUCGGUGUUGUUUUAUACCCUUAGAAAGUUUCCUAUUCUUCUUGGUGUUUUCUGUUUCUCUCAACGCGGGAAUUACGCUGGCUUUGGUAUUCAAAGAUACUUCUGGACACAGCCAAGUGGAAACGCCUUAGACCUUAGUCGCGACUCGAGCAUACCUGUGGAUAAUCGUAUCCAUCAUGCUCAUGGUAUUAAUCAUUACGCUACUGGCUCUUCUCGUUACAAAGCUGCAAGUAACAGCGUCGCCGGUUGAGAUUGCUCACGGUCGAGUUCAUAUGGCUAUUCUGGAUACACAGAAUUUUGUCUGCCAAACUGAACCCUUCCAGACACCCUUCACAAGUGACGACAUUGCUGUUCACCUCAGUCCCGCUCGGCCGGGGGGUAGCCUUCCUGAGUACCAAUCCUCCACGGUCUGGGUAGAUCACGUGACAAGAUAUAACUUUACCAUUUGUUUAAGACCCUCGGCCAAAAUAAACUUUGCAAGGCGUGUUGAUGUUCAUUGGCUUGCGUAUUUGUACAAGCCCAGUAGUGGAAUGUCUGGCGUCGCUUAUAUCCCUAUGUGGACUGCCGGGACCAAAUGCGUCCUCAUCACCUACUCAGAGAGGGUGACCGCCAUCCCGACAGUCUUCGUCACGGUUGCGCACGAAGGGAGAGUAGGGAGGGGGAACGAUGCAUCGACGGUGUGGACUGAAGAUGUCACGGUCGAGGACUUCAAGCUUUGUCUUCGCGAGCUCAAGAACUUUGACGGAGCACAUCGAGAAAUCAAAGUGAACUGGCUAGUGCUGAGCGCCCUACCGGCUGAAUGGGUAAAAGCCCGACUGACCGGCAUCCUGACUUUUCCAAACACCCUUACCCCACCGGAGAAGUUUAUCUACAGCUACUGUCAGGAGUUCCCGUUUCCCAAGCAAUAUUUCACUGUGCCGACAAUGAUAGCCUCUCCCAGUCAUAGGAACAAUAUCUACAGCUCGAGGAACGUGUGGCCCAAGCAUAACGCCAUCACUUACUGGAUAGAGAGUAUCGACACGCUGAAUUACACGGUCUGCGUCAAGGACCUCCAGCCCUACAGAGUUCACCACGAUCCAAUUCUCGUCAACUUCUUGGUGUUUGGGGAUCUGCACCCAUGUCUCACGGUGAACUGUGGUAACCACGCCUCGUGCCAGGCCUACUCGUCCAGCGACGUGCGAUGCGAGUGCCCAAAGUCGUGCCCAGUCUACCAAGAGGAGUACUGCGCGAAUGACGGCAAAACCUACUCGAACAUGUGCGAGUACGACCAGAUGGUGUGUAACACCGGCAACGAGAUCAAACUGCACCCCGGAAGCUGUGAGGCGUUUGUAUUGAAACACGGACGCGUUGCAGUCAUGCUGGAUAGAUAAUACUUUUGUGUGACAGUCCAAUAUGGUCACGCUUUUAAGCGUAACGCAACACUUCACGUGUUUGUAAGCCUUGAUUAUCACAACACGACCC